GGUGCGCAUAACCUUCAAGGACGUGGCUGUGCGGUUCUCGCGGGAUGAGUGGCGGCUCCUGGAGGAGGGGCAGAGGGUCUUCUACCAAGACGUAAUGCGGGAGAACUACGCAGCGUUGGCCUCAUUGGGGACUGCUGAGCUGCUCCCACUCUCUGCUUUCCUGUCACCCACGGAGCCCGAAGGAGCCAUGGGGGGCAGGAGCCCUGCUGAUGAGGAGCAGGAGCCCCAUGGCCAGGGAGGCCCCUGGGGAGGCCUGCCGACGUGCCGCCUGCCCCUGUCCGCCCUGGUGCAGCUGGUGAAGGAGAUCCCGGAGUUCCUCUUCCGGGAGGUCCCGGGCACUGAGAGCCCCAAGAGUGGCAGGGCCAGCGUGGAUGAUGCACGGGCCAGCCCAGCAGCAGAACCUGCCGGCGGACUGGGGUCUCCGGGGAAGGAAAGCCCAGAGGUCUUGGGCAGCAAGCCCUGCGUGGCCUUGUGUGGCCCUGACAGGGGGAAGAGCCAUUGGAGCCAGGAGAGAGGGUCCCUGGGGCCAGGACUCUCUCCUGGGAGCAGCCCCCUACAGGGCCUCAUCGACUGCCUGAGGGAAAUCCUCGUGCCAGGCCCCCAGCAUCCCAAAGUGUCCCCGAGCAGACUGCACCCCCACCCUACCCUGAGCAGUUGGAAGUUCACUGGGCUGGAGCCGGCACCCGGGAGGCCGAGCCCAGAAGUGAAGGUGGAGGCAGCUCCAGGGGCCUGCGCCCUCCGGGGUCGGCUGGGCCAUGUAAAGCAGACUCCAGGGGCCUCGGGAGCAGGGCAGCCACGGCAGCAGGAAGAGCCAGGGGCCCAGGAGCGAGGUUCUGGAGCCAGCAGGACCUCAAGCUCUCCCCUGGAAGCCCUAGAGGCCUGUCUGAAGGGCAUUCCCCUGAGUGUGUCAUCACCCCCCCAGCUGCCCACCACCUCUUGGUCCUGGAGCCCCCAGCAAGGACCCCUGAGGUCUCCAAGGCCCAAGCUGAGGCCCCAUGGAUUGCACAGCACAGAGGUGACCGUGGGGCCUCUUCUUCCCCUGGGCCUGCAGGGUCCUGUGAGAAACCACUCUGCCUGCCACCCAAGCCUCUGUGGCAGCCCUGCCAGCUCUUCCUCGCCCAGCAGCUCCGACGGGGACCUGGAUUUCAGGAGUCCUGAGGGAAGCCAGGGGCGCCGCCCUGGAAGAGGAAGCCCAGUGGAAAGCUCCCUGCCCCAAGGCCUGGAAAGAUGCCUCAGAGAGAGGCCCCAGCCCAGAGCACAGCCCGCCUGGCCUUGGCCCUCAGGUGCAGAGCCCGGGACCUGGACGGCACACGAGGAGGGGGCAUUCGCCAAGCCCUCCCCACUGCACUGCCUGGAGAACUCUCUGGAGGGCAUGCUGCCCGGGCAGCCCCUGUGUUUCACUUGCUUGGCCAGCCCCAGCCCCAGCCUCAGUCUCAGCAGCUCAGAAGGAGAAGACCAGAGGCUGGAGCCCGAACCAGGACCCCCACCUCUGCAGGGCCAUGUCACAGUAUCCACACGUCAGAAUGGCUCUGGCAGGUGCUCCACGUCCAAGAACCGAAUUCACACCUCCCUGCCCACUGCAGGGUCGGUGGUGCCUCCGCAUGCUGCCCCUCGGCUCGAGGGAAGGCCUGGGCCCUGCCAGCCUGCUGGACCCACCCAUGGACCUGGGGCCUGCAAGCCCGGGCGCCUGGAGCCUGGACGUGGCAGCCCACCUGUCACAGGUGAGGUGGUAGUAGGGUGCACCUUGCCAGAGAUCUCCGGGGAGAGAAAGAGUCCUCGUGGCCGACGAGCUCCGAGCAGUCCUCUGGUUCCAGCCAGCUCUGAGGGUGGGUUCCUCGCCACAGCCUUGCCUGAGUCACCACCCCUGGCCCCUGACGCCCGCACCCGGCCACCGUGCCCCUGUGUAGACCUCCAGCAGGAGCUGCGCAGCCUCACUGCCGCCGUCUCAGGGAAGCUGGAUUGGCUCGCCACCACCCUGGCCAGCCUGUCCCGGGACAUGGCUGCCAUGAAGGACCAGGUGAACUGGGUCAGGCGGCACCUGCAGGGCCACAAGCUGAAGGGCUGGGGCUCCUGGCCAACACCCAGAGCUCACAGGUGCCCCCCCUACCGGAGACCCCUAGGUCCCGCCAGGCCCAGACCCAAGCUUCUGCGGGGGCCGGGGGAGGGCGGCUCUGCAGGGCCCCCCACCAGGAGGCGGCCUUCAGAAGCCCCACCAGCUUUAGCCACACCUUCAGGACCCGCCCGCGGCUGUGCGGCCAGAACCAUGCAGCCCCCCGAGAGCCCUUUCCCAUCUCCAGAGCCUGCCGCUUUGUCCCGCCCAACCACCCCUCCCCCUGAGGCUGUUGCAGAGGUGGGACCCCCGCCUGUGGUGGCUGUACCAACCACCAUCCUAACUCGGCCCAUGGAUGCAGGAGGAGCCCAGGGGACCGUGCCCAAGGGGACCUGGGGAGGUGGGUGUGGAGACCCAAAGGUGGGGGCUCUGAGCUCCUCCCCAGUCCUGCUGAGAAUGCCCCCGUUGCCCCCUCCAGCCCCUGGUGGGCCAUCCCACCCCGCCAUCCCAGCACCCGUGGACCCUUUCUCAUCACCCUUCUGA